GAAACAUUUUUUAUACUCGUCUAUCACUCUAGUUUACCAAUCAUGAUGUGUAAAAAAAACAAACAAAAAAAAAAACUGCAGCAAACAUUCCUUUUCUGUGAAAUAAAUUGAAUUAAAUUAAAUUAAUCAAUUGGAUUUUGUUAAAUCCCGUCUUAGGGUUUCCAGUGAAAAUAAAAUCUAAUUCCUUUACAACAGACUUUUCCCCUCUUUCUCAAAUCAAUACAUCGAGAACUAUUGAAAAUUGAAAGAACUCAUUCACAUUGAUUUUAAAGAAGGAUAGUCAAUAUAGUUAUGUCUGGAAGAAAUCGUGGGCCACCGCCCCUUCCGAUGAAAGGGCCUCCUCAUCCUGGAUUACUGCCUCCAGUACAUGAACCCCCAUAUGCUAGGGGGCUAGGACCAAUGCCACCACAUCCGGCUUUACUUGAUGAAUUACGAGAAACCCAAUUUGGGUUGGGUCCUGGAGGCCUCCCUCCCCACCCUGCUAUCUUUGAGGAACGUCUUGCAGCUCAACUGCAAGAGAUACAAGGCCUCCUAGCAGAUAACCAGAGGCUGGCAGCUACUCAUGUUGCAUUAAAGCAGGAAUUGGAGGCUACUCAGCAUGAGUUACAUCGUAUGGCUCGUUAUGCAGAUUCUUUGAGAAUGGAGAAGGAUGUUCAGAUGAAGGAGAUGUAUGAGAAGUCAGUUAGAUUGGAGGUUGAUCUUCGUGGUGUGGAGGCUAUGCGAGCUGAACUUGUUAAGGUUAAUGCUGAUAUUAAGCAGCUUAGUGCUGUGAGGCAGGAUCUUACAGGUCAGGUACAGGUCAUGAGUCAAGAUUUGGCUAGAUUUACUGGAGAAUUGCAACAGGCUCCUGUGUUGAAGGCAGAGAUUGAAAAUGUGAAACAGGAACUGCAACGUGCAAGAGCUGCCAUCGAGUAUGAGAAGAAAGGAUAUGCAGAAAACUAUGAACAUGGUCAAGUGAUGGAGAAAAAACUGAUUUCCAUGGCUCGGGAGCUGGAAAAACUUCGUGCAGAGAUUGCGAAUGCAGGCAAGAGAAGUCAUGCUGCUGGUGUUAGCGGUGGUAAUCCGGCAGCACCUGGUUAUAAUGUAAAUUACGGAAACGCUGAAGCUGGAUAUACUGGAAACACUUAUCCUGUCACCUAUGGCAUUAAUCCUGGUGGUGUGGAUGGUUAUUCUCAGUAUGGACCUGGUGCUGGUACCUGGAGUGCAUAUGACAUGCAGAGAGCUCGAGGACAUCGCUAGUGUGGUUUUUAAAAGCAUGCUGAGAUGAUUCAUCUGGUACUUCUGGGCAACUUAUUAGUUCUCUAGGCAUGGGUUUGAAGUAUUAUGUCAUGAUAGGCAUCCUGGAAUUGUAGCCAAAAAAGUUGACAAUUUAUAUUAGCUUGAAAUUGCAGUAUGCUGUUUUCUGCUUGGUAUUAUCUGUGGCAAAUAUUUUGUCAAUUUAUUUAUGAUAAAAAGUAUUUCAAUUUGAUACUUUGCUCUUCGUAGAUAUUUUUAUGAAUUUUAAAUUCACUAUUCAAUUUGGGGAGAAAGAUCAGAUUUUUGCCGUGCCUUUUUGAGGCUAGAUAUUUUGUUUUGAAGAAUGGGAAUCACAAAAAUUCCCGUGGUUGCCUAUCAAUGUGUUGUCUCUUCUUCCUCUUCCAUAUCUUUUGAAAUAUAGGUCUGUUCAAUUGUACUUUAUUUGGAGAAAAGCCCCAACUGUCAUGUCUCUGGCACAAUUUAGCAACAUAUUGAUCAAAUUUAGCUAGCCUUUCUAGAUUGUCUUUGUUCUGUUUUCUCAAGGGUCUCUUCCAUUUAAGCUUACUCUUACAUCUAUGCUUACCUUCUUUGUGGUUCACUUGGGGGUUGCCUUUACCUUGGUUUUACCCUUUAAUUUGGCGGCCUUGCUAUGCUCUUGCAUUUUUGCUCCGUUAAGUUCUGAUAGAGUUACUUAAAAGGUUCCAUAAUGAACUCUGCAAACAGGCAAAGGGUUUUUAGUUUCCAUAAAACUGUGUUAUGAAGAGUAAUCAUCAUUCCAUCUUUCCUUUAGGUGUUUAGUCUAUUUUACUGUAAACUUAAGGUGAUGCUUGCCCUGAUGCGGAAAAAACAAAUUGAGGGGAAAAAAACAGAUUUAAAGCUUAUCAAAUGACUUUCCCUAUUCUACUUCUAGAAAAUAUUGAGUCUGUUUUUUUGUUUUCCUUGGUUCUGUGUCAUUGACUCAGUUCAUUUAGGUCCUCUAAAGUUUUUCUAACCCAAGGGGAAUUAAAUAAAUUCUUUGUUUGCCAAACAUGGUCUGGUGUUGCUCUUAGAAUUCCAAUUUGAGUAGGAUUAUGUUUCUGGUAGUCAUAUAAAUUUUCUAUGUAGUUUUUUUUAGGUAGAAGUACUUAACUUUUUCCCUCUAUUUCGGUGCUUAGUUUCGUCCAAUCUUUCAGUUUAACUGAGUAUAAGAUAAUAGAAGAAUACACUAGCAACUUUUUCCUGCAAUUAUGUCCAUUUGUUCCAAAAACUAGCCUUAAGACCUUUUGCAAGACUGUGCCAUUGGACUUAUAUUUCUAAUUGAUUUGAUUUCAUCUAUAAUUUCAUGGGAUGCAUGGGGUGUGGGUCAAGAAAACUGAGUUGCUUGGAGUCAGGACUGAUUGAUUGAUAAUGGUAUGUAUGUUACAUGGCUUUGUUCAAUGUUUCAAAAGUUUUUCCAUAUAUUUGGAGGAUCCUUAGAAGUUUGUAAUCCGAUAACCAUGUCUGGAUAUGCAUCAAACAUGAGUACUUGAAGAAAAAUGAAAAGCAACAUAGUGAACAAUGUCAACAUCAGAUAUGUUCUUCUAGUGUUGGCAGAUGAUAUGCUUUUCCUAAGGUUGGCGUAUGUAGAUUUAUAUGUGAGAUUACCUAUAAAAACAACUAAAGGGUGUGAUGUAGUCAGCUUUAACUGGACAGAUUUAUCAGUGAGAACAAGUAGCCCACUGCUGGCGUUGGCCUGUUUUAGCAUUGAUUUUACAAAAUUUGCCACCUAGGAUACUAAUGCAACUCAUCAGGGUUUGCGACUGUUCUUUGGAGAUCACUGCCACCUUUAUCAGAGAUUUUUCAAGGAGAGUAGAAUCAUACUUUACCAUGGUGGCUAUCAUCUGGCCUCCAUUUUUGUAUUUGUAUCAGUUACGCCUCACUGACUUCUUUCAUCAUCUGGUAGUUUGGUUACAUCAAUUAUUUUAUUGUACAGUCUAUACCAUGUUUCCUCCCUGGCUAAUGUCUAUAAUUAAAAGUGACGAAUGUUGUUCUCUAGAAUUUGUAUGUAGCUCAACUUAUGCUCAAGUGUAAAGAAAAAGUAAUUGCUCUUGUUAUAAUAAAUAACAGUGUCUUAGUUUUGUGUUUUCAGUUCUUCUGUAAGUCUAAGAAAUAUGAGAAACAUCCUAGUUAAUUGUACGGAAUACAUGGGACAGGACUGGAAAUAUAGAGUUGUAGGGUUGAGUAACACUAAUAGUGUAUGAUUUGGCAAUAAAGCAGGUAAUGAAGUAAUGCAGCUCGUAUUUUGACCUUAUAAUCUAUCUGGGAGUUUGAAAUCUAUAGACUAUAUGUCAGUUUUUAGAUGGUAGGCCAUUUUAUGAGCGAAAAGCUAUGUGCUUCAGGAUUUCUUAGAAUAUACUUAUCUCUAUAGCAGUGGCUACUGUGUUUUCCACCCUAUGGUUUCUCAUGUUCCUUGAACUGAUUCUGUGCAUAAUCUCAAUGCCUUUCCUCUUGAUUAACAUCUCAUCUGGAUUAACUUCCUUGGUUGCCUACAUGAAGCAUUGUUACUACCAUUAGUGUUGCAGUUGCUUCCCUUCUCUAUCUUUAAAAGCAAAUUGCUGGUAUUUUAUUUUUUGUAAACUUUAUCAUUAUUGGUUCUUUUCUCCUUAAUUUCUCACAUUUCCAUGGGUGAAAUGUUAAAGUGCCUACUUGUCAAAUAAGUGUUCUCUCACUAACUAAUCUUCUUUUUCUAGUUAGUAUUCUUCCCAUUUUCCUUUAUGAUUUAUAUUGCCUGUUUGGGUCCUAGAGCAAUGAAUAUAAGAGAAGCAUUUGGCUAGCUUUUGGUUGUUUCUGUGAGUACUAGUCUGUUUGUUUCUCAAAUUGCCAUAUUUGAAUUUUAAUCCAGUCAGCCCUGGCUGUUUAUCUGAUAAGCUCUUAGCUAUUGCUUAGUUUUAAGUAUUGGACUCUGUGGUCUUGGGAAGAUUUAAGUUGUUUUAUGUCGGUGUGUGAUCUCUAGAUUUUAUUUUUAUUACUCAAUUCUCAUGCUCAGUGGAGGAAUUUCCUUUUGGUGUGCCUGUGAACUUCUGGUCUACUUCCCUCCUCUCUUUCACUCUCUCUCGCUUUCUCUCCCUUAAUACUACUGCUUCUACUAUUAGUCUACUGCAAUCAGAUGAAUUUCCAUGGAUUACUCAUCUGAAGUGGGAGUCCAUUUUCAUGUUACCUAUUCUAAAUAAUUGUCUUAGUUGUUGUGGGAACUGUUAAGUUGCUGAAAUGUGUUACAAGUUAAAAAGUGGAGCAAAAUAUUGAGAAUAGAGGAUGUCAUGGAUUACUCAUCUGAAGUGGGAAUCCAUUUUCAUGUUACCUAUUCUAAAUAAUUGUCUUAGUUGUUGUGGCAACUGUUAAGUUGCUGAAACAUUACAAGUUAAAAAUUGGAGCAAAAUAUUGAAAAUAGAGGAUGUCAUGGUUUGAAAAUACCUCCUUAAUGGCUUUAUUGUGGGGAAAUGUGGUCAUGAGAAACUCUUAAACUUCUUUAAGGGACCAUCCAUGUCUUGUUCAAUUUGGAAAGACAGUGACUAAGCGCUGGAAGAAGCUUAUUCAUUGCAUGAGUUAUGCGGCAUUGGCAAGACAUGGUCAACAAUGAUGGUGCAGGAUGAGUUCUCCAGUCAAGUAAGUGAUGUAAAUUUCUGAGAAAAUCACCUUCCUUUCAUUUUUUCACAUUGAUGGUUGUAUUUUUAUAAGAUUUUCAUUAUUUUUGCUCCUUUAGACUUAAGUUCACCAAAUUUUCUUUUUAGUAAAAAUUUUUAUGGUGUUGCAAUCCAUGAUUAGGUAAUGCCUUGUAACAUUCCUAAAUUGUCGUAUGUUUUGACUUUCAUACUGAGAAAAUAUCAUGUCUCAGUGUGAGCUGUGGUGAUGAUUUCAUUACUUUUUCUGCUGUAGCUAUUUAGAAUACUUCUUAUGUGUGUAUUACCUCUUUGCGACUUAUUUUUUCCUAAUAUAUAACUAUUAUUAAUUAGUGGAGGAUGCUUCAGUUAAUUUAGUUCGUUAUGUAAAUAUGUAGCAGGCUUGGUUUGUGCUUGUUAAUGUUAAUUUUAUUAGACAAUCAUCAUUUGGUCUCAGGAGCAAAGAAUGCUUGAAACAUAAUUAGAGAGACAACUUGAGGAGGGGGUGCUCAAUAGAUUUGUGGUUAAGAGCCAAUGAUUUAGGUUGGUGUGCAUAUUGUAGAAUGAAAUAGCUGUAAGUAAUAUCCAGUAGGAAAGUAACGGCUGUAUUUUCACCUUAGGGCUGGUGUUAUGUAGAUGGGUCAUGAUGAUGAAAUCCUGCCAGCUAGAAGCGUAUGCCAUCUUAUAUAUUUUAAUAAUUGUAGAAAAGCUAAAGUUAUACGUUAAAUUGGAAUGCCUUUUAUUUUUUAUGUGAAGGCUAGUUCUCUUCCUGGAUUUGGGACUUUGACUUCUUUGACAUUAAAGUUGUUUGAUUUUGCUAGACAUUUUCCAUUCUUUUCUUAAAGAGCAUUUAUCAUUUUGCUCUGUCUUUUUUGUUGUAGUACCAUCAAUUUUUCUGAUCUGGAAUUGUCAGUUAUAACAUGUGAGUUAAAUUGCCUUGCCUCUUGCUGCUAUUCUGGCAUCUGUGCCUGAUAUUUGAUGUUUUCAUAUUCUAUAACUUCUUGUGCCUUGUAAUGCUUGGUUAUAUGCAAUCUUGUUUAGUGUUAUUAUUUUAUCAGCUAUCAAGAACUUUCAUGACUGCUUUCUGGUCUUCAUUGGUAGUAAUCAGUCAAACAUUGUAAAUUUUAUCUGUUGGCUUAAGGAAAUAUAAAUGUGAUGCUUAUCUAAUUUGAUGAUUAUUUUCUUUCUUUCUCCCUUCCUUUUUAAUCUUAUACCCUCUUCAAAUUUAAUAUUUGCAUGUCAUAUUCUUACAUUUUUUUAACUUUUUAUGCUUGCACAUUUUCUAGUAACUUAUUCUAGUUAUAUCCAUUUCAGGUUUAUGAAUUUGCACCUUCCAAAUUUUCUGUUUCAGCAGUUAUCCAUUGAUGUUGGAGUUCCCUGAGCUCAUGAUAUGCGAUGGUGAUGAGGAUGAGGAUGAUAACUUUGCCAUGGUGUGCAACAGCUUGUUUUAGCUGUAUGACAGACAAUCCAUUGAAGGAAGAGGUGUUUUUUAAGGUCUUAAGCUUUUAUUUACUCUAGCUAUUAUGAAUGGAGAUAGUUUGAGAUGUUUUCUAGACAUCAUGUGAAUCAAUAUCUUCUUAUUCCCAUUUUGUAAUGCAUUCUAUGAUACCCUUUCCCACAGCCAGGCCGGACUGCUAAACUCAAAACUGCAGGUUGUGCUUCUUCCUGAACUUUGUGCUGCAUUCUUAACCCAGUACUUCUUGGAACUGGUUAAGACUCUCCAUUAAUGCCACCACCUGAAGGCAACUAUUGGUUUUCUGUGUAAAAUGCAAAUUGCGCAGAAUGCUUCUGUAUUUCUUGCAUCUGGUCAAAAAGUUGUGCUAGCUUCAUCCCUUCAUGCAUCGCGAUAUUUCUUCGGCUAUGCAGCUAUAUACUAUCAAGAGCAUCCAGGCUUGACAUGGCGUCAUCAUAAACCGUGCUGGUAUAUAAACUGUUUGAAGCAGGUAGAUUUCAAAGAAAGGAAUCAUUCUUUGGUUCAUCCCUUCGUGCAGUAGAAUUUUUCUUGGGCUAUAUCCUUGCAAGGGUACUCGGGCUUUGAUAUGGUUUCAUCACGAACCAUGCAGGUAUGCGAACUGUCUCAAACAGUUAGAUUUCGAAGUUUUUCUUUAAUUCAUCGGUUAUAGUUGUUUAACAUGAAAACUUACUAGUGUACUAUUUUUAUUCUAGCAUGUUGGUAUUAGUUUGUAUUACGUGGCCUCCGGAUGGAUGAGUAUUGAAUAUGAGCAUAGCAUGUUUUACUGUUCAA